ACGAGGCUUUUCCUUUCUCAGCCAGCACCGUUGCGGCGAGUGAGUGCGUGGCCUGGAUGGACUGGUGACAUUUGUCGAAAUUCACUCGAGUCAGCCCAGUUGGAGUUCCACUAGUACGCCACCAACAUGCCGGCGUAUUUUCAGCGGCCGGAGAAUGCUCUCAAACGAGCGAACGAGUUUCUGGAGGUGGGCAAGAAGCAGCCGGCCUUGGACGUUCUGUACGAUGUCAUCAAGAGCAAGAAACAUCGAACAUGGCAGAAGAUCCACGAGCCCAUCAUGCUCAAGUACCUGGAGCUCUGCGUGGAUCUGCGCAAGAGUCACCUGGCCAAGGAGGGUCUCUACCAGUACAAGAACAUCUGCCAGCAGGUGAACAUCAAGUCUUUGGAGGAUGUGGUUAGGGCUUACCUGAAGCUGGCGGAGGAGAAGACAGAGACGGCGAAGGGCGAGUCUCAGCAGAUGGUCCUGGACAUUGAGGAUCUGGACAACAUCCAGACUCCAGAAAGUGUGCUCCUGAGCGCUGUGAGUGGAGAAGACACUCAGGAUCGUACCGAUCGCCUGCUGCUCACUCCCUGGGUGAAGUUCCUGUGGGAGUCCUACCGCCAGUGCCUGGACCUGCUCCGGAACAACUCCAAGGUGGAGCGUCUGUACCAUGACAUCGCCCAGCAAGCAUUCAAGUUCUGCCUUCAGUACACCCGCAAAGCAGAGUUUCGCAAGCUGUGUGACAACCUGCGUAUGCAUCUGGGGCAGAUCCAGCGCCACCACAACCAGAGCACUGCCAUCAACCUGAACAACCCUGAGAGCCAGUCCAUGCACCUAGAGACUCGCCUGGUGCAGCUGGACAGUGCCAUAAGCAUGGAGCUCUGGCAGGAAGCAUUCAAGGCUGUUGAAGACAUCCAUGGCCUGUUUGCGCUUUCAAAGAAGCCUCCCAAACCCCAGCUGAUGGCCAACUACUAUAACAAGGUGUCUACUGUGUUUUGGAAAUCUGGAAAUGCUCUUUUCCAUGCCUCCACCCUUCACCGGCUCUAUCACCUGUCAAGGGAGAUGCGCAAGAAUCUGACCCAAGAUGAAAUGCAGAGGAUGUCCACCAGAGUCCUCCUGGCCACACUGUCCAUCCCCAUCACCCCCGAGCGCACGGAUAUUGCCCGGUUGCUGGACAUGGAUGGCAUCAUUGUGGAGAAACACCGCAGGCUGUCCACGCUCCUGGGCCUCCAGUCUCCACCAACCCGCCAGAGUCUCAUCAAUGACAUGGUGAGAUUUAAUUUGCUGCAGUAUGUUGUACCUGAAGUGAAAGAACUUUACAACUGGCUUGAGGUUGACUUUCAUCCUCUGAAGCUGAGUGGAAGAGUGACCAAGGUGUUGAACUGGGUGAAAGACCAGUCCGAGAAGGAGUCUGAUCUGCAGCAUUAUGUUCCCCACCUGCAGAGCAACACCAUCCUGAGGCUCCUGCAGCAGGUUGCACAGAUCUAUCAAAGCAUUGAGUUCAGCCGUCUGGCCACCCUGGUUCCGUUUGUGGACGCCUUCCAGCUGGAGCGCUCCAUUGUGGAUGCUGCCCGCCACUGUGACCUACAGGUCCGAAUAGACCACACCUCUCGAACUCUGAGCUUUGGCUCUGACCUAAACUACUCGACCAAAGAGGACGCUCCGCUUGGCCCUUUCCUACAGAACAUGCCUUCAGCGCAGAUAAGGAACCAGCUGACUGCCAUGUCUGCUUCUCUUGCCAAGGUGGUCCACAUAAUCAAGCCCGCCUCCAUCCUGACGGAGCGUGAGGAGCAGAACCAGCAGGCCAUCGCUGCCUACCUGAAAAAUGCGCGCAAGGAUCACCAGCGCAUCCUGGCUCGUAGACAGACCAUUGAGGAGCGUAAGGAGCGCCUGGAGAGCCUGAACAUCCAGCGUGAAAAGGAGGAGCUGGAGCAGCGGGAAGCUGAGAUGCAGAAAGUCCGCAAGGCUGAAGAGGAGCGUCUGCGCCAGGAGGCCAAAGAGAGGGAGAAGGAGCGCAUCAUGCAGGAGCAUGAGCAGAUCAAGAAGAAGACGGUCCGUGAGCGGCUGGAGCAGAUCAAGAAGACUGAGCUUGGAGCCAAGGCCUUCAAGGAUAUUGAUAUUGAGGACCUGGAGGAGCUGGAUCCUGACUUCAUCAUGGCCAAACAGGUGGAGCAGCUGGAGAAAGAGAAGAAGGAACUUCAGGAGCGUCUGAAGAACCAGGAGAAGAAGAUUGACUACUUUGAGAGGGCCAAACGUCUUGAGGAGAUUCCUCUCAUCAAAAAGGCUUAUGAGGAGCAGCGCAUCAAGGACAUGGAACUAUGGGAGCUCCAGGAGGAGGACAGGAUCAGUAACAUGAAAGUUGAACGGGAGAAGGCUCUGGAGCACAAGAAGCGCAUGUCUAGGAUGAUGGAGGACAAAGAAAACUUUUUGUCUAAGAUAACCGCUGCUCGUAGCUUCAUUUAUGAGGAAAAACUGAGCACUUUCGAGGACCGUUUGGUGGAGGAAAGGAAGAAGCGUCUGGAAGAAAGGAAGAAGCAGCGCAAAGAGGACCGGCGUAAUACUUACUACCGCCAGAAAGAGGAAGAGGCCCAGCGCAUCCACGAGGAGCAGCUCAAGAAAGAGCGUGAAGAGCGUGAACGCGUGGAACAAGAGCAGAGAGAGGAGGAGGAGAGGGAGUACCAGGAGCGCCUGCGCAAGCUCGAGGAGCAGGAGCGUAAGCAGCGUGCGCGCCAGCAGGAGAUCGAGGAGCGUGAGCGCCGCCGUGACGAGGAGAAGAAGGGCCCAGCAGAGGAGAAACCCAAGGAUUGGGCCGAGAAGGAGGAGGGAGGCGGAGGAGGAUGGAGGAAGCGCACAGAGGGAGGUGACUCAGAGUGGCGUCGUCCUGUGCCUGACAGGGAAGGUGAUGAAGACAACAGAGAGGACCGGGAGGCCCCCAGGAGAGGUGAAGCUCUCCGCAGGGGUGGCGAUGACAGAGGACCACGCCGGGCCUUUGAUGAUGACCGAGGCCCACGUCGCGGCGCUGAUGAUGACCGUCCUCCGCGUAGAGCCUUUGAUGAUGACCGCGGACCGAGGAGGGGUGGCGAUGACGACCGCGGACCGAGGCGUGGCUUUGAUGACGACCGCGGUCCCAGGCGUGCCUUUGAUGACGAUCGCGGUCCCAGGCGUGGCUUUGACGACGAUCGCGGUUCAAGGCGUGGCUUUGACGACGAUCGCGGUUCAAGGCGUGGCUUUGACGAUGACAGAGGUUCUCGUAGAGGCAUGGAUGACACCUGGGGCUCCAGGCGUGGGGCUGAUGAUGACUGGGGCCCCAGGAGAGGAGGAGAUGAUGACAGAGGUGGAAGAAGAGGCAUGGAUGACGGACCACGUCGCCGUGAUGAUGAUGAUGAGGCCAAACCAUGGAAACCCUUGAGCAGACCCGCUGCAGGUGGCUGGCGUGACCGUGAAAAGGCCCGGGAGGACAGCUGGGGUCCUCCCCGUGGUGGAGCCAAGGAUGAGGCAGAUGACGGCGAAGGAGAAGAAAAAACCAGCAAAGACCGUGCUCCACAAAGAGAGGAGAGUGUCUGGAGGAGACCGGGUACAGAGGAGCGAAGCGGCUGGAGAGACUCUCGCAAAGAGGGCGACGACAGCCGUGACCGUCGUGAACAGGACGAUCGCCGUGUUGACCGCCGCGACAGAGACCAGCGGGAGGAGCGUGAAGUCAGAGCCCCACCCAGAGAUAAUGAUGAGGGAGGCUCUUGGCGACGUGGAGGUGAUGAGAAGGAGAAGGAGCGGCCAAAAGAAAGAGAGCGGGAACCCGACCUUGACGCAGAGGGAGAAAAGGGUGCCUGGCGUUCUGACAAAGAUAUUCCCCGUCGCAUCAAGAACGAUACGGAUGAUGACGGCUGGACCACAGUCCGCCGCUGAGCAACAGCCUCUGCAUCUAAUGGCCUCAGAUCAUGAGAAUUUGGUUGGAAAGAGAGAAAAAAAAUUCAGUAUCCAGUUAGCCACAGUGGUCAAUUAAUAGCUACAAGCUUCUGAUACUCAUGUGCGUUAUUCCUUUUUGAAAUUAAAUAUUUGUAGACAGUAGCUUUCCUGGGAAUUGUUUCCUAUUAUCUUUAUUUUGACUUUCAGCUGUUCAGAACCAGAGGCUCACCAUCACCUGAAGUCGACCAAUGGGCUAGUGCACUUAGAACCCAUGCAAACCAUCAAUCUGAACACAACUGCCCCCAGUGGUCAGGAGUGUUACUAGCCAUCAUGACAAUUUCAACUGAUUCAACCUGCGUCAACUUUCAAUGCAAACUCAGUGUAUCACCAAAUGCCUCUUUUGAACAAUUAACACACUAAAUAUUGUCAUGGUACAAAUCUACAACUCUUGUAACGGCAACAGUCACCUGCUUCAGUCAUAUCUGCUCUUCCUCUAAUGUGUCAGAUGCUUUUUAAUGAACUAGUGGAAUCUCCCAUUUUGAUGUGCUCUCCAGUUCUCAUUGGUCGUGCUCAUUAUCCGGCGUGUGCUUCUAUCCCGCUGCCGUCGGUGGUGUUAUCAGAGCAGGUUGCAUGUGUUCAGGUAAAGCCUUUAUUAAUAAAGAUGUUUGCUCACCAA